CCGAAAGCUUUCGAAAUUCUGUUGGAUUAUAUGUACACUGGAGAGCUAAAGGUGACAUGCCAAGAGCUGCCAGAAGUUUACAAAGCUGCUAGAAAGCUAGGAAUAGAAGGAGCAUUAAGUAAAUGCAUUGAACUGCUACAUGUGACACCAGACCACAUCCAGAACAUGGUGAACCUGUACGUUUCUGCUCGCAAGUUGAACCAGUUAGAUGCAACAGUUCGGGCCUUCAAGAUAAUUGUGGCCAAUUUCGAAAGACUCGUCAUGACGAAAGAGUUUCUCGAUCUGGAGAUAAAUCAAGUCGUAGAAAUAUUCAGCGCAGAUGAAAUGGGUGCAAGGAGCGAAAUAAUCAUUUUCUUGGGGGCCUUGAAAUGGAUCAACUACAAAUACCUCGACAGAGAAGGGCACAUCAACUCCAUCUUCGACUGCAUCAGGUUUGGGUUGAUGAACAUGGAAGAAAUCUUGGCUUGUUUCCACCCUCCCAUUCUUCCGGGCAUCAUGUUACGACCGAAAAUUCGAGAGGCUCUUCUGAAUGCAACGUGGUAA